GAGAGAGGAGAGCGUUGUUCUGAACAUCUAGAGAGAGAGAGAGAGAGGAGCUUGAUUCUGAACAUCUAGAGAGGCAAAGAUACAUUGCAUUCGCAGAGGUGAGCUUUGGAGCUCGUGCCACGUCUAGAACUUCCAGGGCGCCAUUAAACACCCUCCAGGUAAAAAGUCAGAAACUGGGGAGCCCACUAAACCCGGUUUUAUAACUAUUUUCUCUCUCUAAAAGGUAAAGUUAGUCUGAAAACUUCACAUUUUAUCCAACCCCAAGUUAAAAAGAAAGAAGAGAGAGAAAAUGUUGGAAGGCAAGGCCCUAGUCCAAGACACGGACAUGCCUGUGAAGAUGCAGAUACACGCCAUGAACACUGCUUCUCGAGCUCUGGAUCUUUACGAUGUCUCAGACUGCAAAAGCAUGGCAGCCUAUAUUAAAAAGGAAUUUGACAAGGUUUAUGGCUCAGGAUGGCAAUGUGUUGUGGGAUCAAAUUUCGGUUGCUUUUUCACACAUUCUCAGGGCACUUUUAUUUAUUUUGCUCUAGAGACUCUUAAUUUCUUGAUAUUUAAAGCAGCCUCUGCAUAGAUUUAGUUUUUUCUUCUUUAUUUGCCCCUUUUUUUUUUUUACAACUUUCUUCUAUAGAUCUUUUUUGACAUUUUUUUUUAUCGAACCCUGUGUAAAUCUGGUCAAGUAUAGAAAAGGUGUCCUUUUAUGUAUGAAUUCUCAUAUGAGUAAACAAUUCUUAUGUAUCUUAAGUAGAGCA